GGAAGAGAUUUAUUGGCUGGCUCUCGCUAAGCCACGCUUGAGUAAUCCGAGCUGCUGCGCGCCGUGGUGAAACCCGGAGGGGGGGAACGUCACUCCCUCUGGCAGCGGAGCAACAUUAGUCUUCCAGCCCUCUAACCAUCGCUACAGCGUCGGAAACUGCCGGGUCACAGCCAUUUGCUUUGGAAAAUUGGCGAUGUUUGGUGCUAGAGAUCGAUUACCCUCGUAAUCUUUCCCCCACCUCCUCCUGCUUUACCCCACCCCUACCCGCCCCAGACAAUAGCGUCCACGGUCCGCCGGGAAAAAAAAUAGAAAAGAAAGCAAAGAAAGAAAGAAAGAAAAAGAAAGAACUGGGGGAUGGAUCUGACUCCGAUAGGAAAAGCGUGUGUCUAGAAGUGGUGCUAAUGGGAAGAGAUUUCCGGGCUCCAGAGGACGAUGGUUUCUCACAAAGGGUAGCUGGCUCGGUGCUCAGAGCUGGAACCGUGUAGGAGAUCCUUGGAGAAGUCCUUGUGCACAGAAAGCCGAAGAUCUGUACAAACAUGCCUGUUCGCAGAGGCCAUGUGGCACCACAAAAUACAUUUUUGGGUACAAUCAUACGAAAAUUUGAAGGGCAAAAUAAAAAAUUCAUCAUUGCUAAUGCUAGAGUGCAGAAUUGUGCUAUCAUCUACUGCAAUGAUGGGUUCUGUGAGAUGACUGGGUUCUCCAGGCCAGAUGUCAUGCAGAAACCUUGCACCUGUGAUUUUCUUCAUGGACCAGAGACCAAAAGACAUCAUAUUGCUCAAAUUGCUCAAGCACUGCUGGGGUCAGAGGAGAGGAAAGUGGAAGUCACCUACUAUCACAAAGAUGGUCACACACUGAAGUGUGAAGGAGGCAGAAGAACGAGAGAAUUUUGGCAGCAGCCUGAUCUUCAGAAAAUGGCGGCUGUUUGAAUCUACAUUGUUUUAAAUACAGCAGACAAUAGUUAAAAAAGAAUAUAGCUUUAUAAAUAUGUUAGUCAUAUGGCACAUGCAGAAUGGGGAAAUUGUAGAGAAGAGGGGGAGAAUAUUUGUGAUGGCUUCAUAGAAUUGUGCAGGUAGCCUGAAUGUGGAAUAGCAGAGUUACUGACACAACCAGCAAGCCCUGUCCCAACCGUAGUGACACCUCAUCCUCAGAAGUUUUUAACAUUUGCAGCUAAUAGCUUUACUAGUUCCCAUUGCAGUAUUUUUAUCAGAAUAAUAUUGUUAAUAUAGCCUAUAUUUUUCUUGAAUUUUUUCUCACACAUUUUUCCUUUUAGAAGGCUACUUCUGCAAUCCAGAUUGUUCAGGUUAUUCUAAUCCCCUGUCAUGUUGGAGUACUGCCACCGUAGACAAUUACUUAGCUAUUAAAAGUAUUAAUGACUACUGAGAAAAAUGGUUAAUAGGAACAGAUGGAUGCCAAAACUAAGGGUCUAAAUUCAUAGUUUGUCAUUAUACAACAAGAUCUCAGUGGAACUUCUCAUGGGUUUAAAGACUCAGUAGAUUUUUUUUAAUGUAAAUAUCCCUUUAAUGAAAAAUAAAAGAUAAAUGCACAAGAACUAUUAUUCUGGAACAGAUUUUUAUUUUUUUUUUUAAUCUUGCCCAUAAGGCACUAACAUCUGUUUAAUUCAAAAAUUAUACUCUGAUAUCAAAGCAGCUGCACACUAUGUUCCUUUCUAUUUCGCAACUUCAUUUCCACAAGUUAUAUAACUAUAUGAUCUCUUUUAUAGUUGAACAUAAAAUAUUGUUUAUACAGAAUAUCAAUUCUUAUUUUAAUAAUGUUAUUUGUGGUGAAAAUGUUUGACAGCUCUUCCUUUGAGGACUCCAUUUUGGACUUUAAGUCAUUAUUGCAUAAAUCAUUUUUGACAGCUGUAAAAUAUUGCUUGAGGUGGUAAAUCUGUAAAGCUUUUGACAUAAAAAGUGUAAUUAUUUUGAGAUUGAGAAUGGAUGUACGAUAAUCAAAGGACUGUAUUCCACUACAUUCUUUUACUUAUUUCUGUAUGUUUUAUAGACAACAAUGGUCUGUAUCUAAGCAUUGAGAUUAUAAAGAAUAGCUGUCAGAGGAAAAUAAGGAGAUCAUUUAAGCUUAUCCUAUAAAUAUCAGAUAUUCUAGGGAUAAGGAACACUACAGAAGGAUAUAGUUUUGAGCAAAGAUAAGAUUAGGCUGUUAUUUGCUGAGUGCUUACAAACCUUGCCACUUACCUGGUUUGAGAAAUGUAAUUUGCCACAACUAACUGCAAAUUAAACAUAUUUUUAUUCUAAAAACACACUAAGGUUCCAAACUAACAUUUUUAAUGAC